AUGGCGGGUGAAGAUCUCCCAGAGUAGUGAGGUAACAGGCCAGCUGCCGGUAUUGUGUGUGGAGCAGCGGGAAACACUGAGGAGCGGCGGAGCUUAUAGGGAGCAGCUCAGCCCCGGGUCAGGGCGCUCACAGUGCACCGCUCACCCCGCCAAAAAAAUAAUAAAAAAUGGGCGACCACUUCUCCCUCUCUGACUGCGAUGUCAUAGGCUUUGACCUGGACCACACGCUAUGCCGAUACCGGCUGCAGGAAUCCAGCAAGUUAAUUUACAACAGUUUUGCUCAGUACCUAGUGGAUGAGAAAGGUUACAAGGAAGAUUUGCUAUCCGUUACAUCUGAAGAAUGGGAUUUCUGCUUCAAAGGCUUGAUGCUGGAUUUGGAAGAAGGAAACUUUCUUAAACUUGCUGCAGAUGGAACUAUUCUCAGGGCGUGUCAUGGUACCAAAGCAAUGACUGCUGAAAUGAUUGAAGAGGUGUAUGGUGAAAAAAGGGAGUGGAAACAUUUUAAAGCAAUUAAUGGAACAUAUGCACGAUCAGCUAAAUACUACUUCUACGACAACUAUUUUGAUUUACCUGGAGCUCUCCUGUGCGCUAAAAUAGUUGAUUCUUUAGAGAUGACUGAUGGGCAAAAGAAGUAUGAUUUCUGGAAAGAUAUUAUUUCUGCAAUAGAGCACAACUACAAAACUACUGCUUUUAAAGAAAAUUGUGGAACGUAUUUUCCAACUGUGAAGAAGGACCCAGGCAAAUAUUUAAAGACAUGUCCUGAGUCUUUGAAAAACUGGUUAAGGAGUCUGAAAAAUGCUGGAAAAACCGUUUUGUUAAUCACUAGCUCACACAGCGACUACUGCCGGCUUCUGUGUGAACACAUUUUAGGGAAGGAUUUUGAGGAGCUUUUUGACAUUAUAAUUACUAACGCCUUAAAGCCAGGAUUUUUCUCUCUUACUCCUCAACAAAGACCAUUCUGGACUCUUGACAAUGAUGUGGAAACUGACAUGCUUCCUGCAUUGGAGAAGGCUGGCUGGUACUCUCAGGGUAACUGGGUGCAUUUAUUGGAAUUGUUGAAGAAAAUGACUGAAAAACCUGAGCCAAAGGUGGUGUAUUUUGGUGACAGCAUGCGGUCAGAUAUUUUCUCAGCCCGUUACUAUAGCAACUGGGAGACUGUCCUCAUUCUUGAGGAGCUAGAAGGUGGUGAAGUCCAAGAGCCAGACGUAACUGAUUUUGGAUCCUCCUUAAAAAAGAAAGGAAAGUAUGACAGCCUUACAGGACAAGAAAAUUACUCUGUAUCGAAGAAAUGGGGAUCGUACUUUGCAGACUGCAUUGCUGGAGCUAAGAGCUCACAGGAUACACCGUAUGUGACUUGGUGCUGUUCCAGUAUUAGGAAUUACAGCACAAUAACAAUCCCCAGCAUCCUGGCAAUUGUAGAUUUGCCCCUGGAUUAUAAAUUUACCAAGUUUUCAGGCAGUAAUACAGACAUUGAUGGCUACUACCCCCAGGCUCCUGCAAUCCUCAUAUCUCAGAGCACAGAGGGUACUGCAGCAUAAAUGGCACUCCCAGUAAUACAUGACUCUUGUAAUGGCUGUAACUGUUCUAAACUUUCAUGUAAAUCUACAACUCUGGUUGAAUAUGCCUUUAAGGACAAGUGUUUCUUUAUUAAAUGACUCCAAGUAUUAGUUGAUUAUAAGUAGGAUGAACCAAACGUUUUGUAAGAUUAUUUUGUAUUAAUUCUGGAGCAAAUUUGUGACCUACUGUUUGUAAAAAUGAAAGUUUGAAGUUGAAAUACAAAGUUUUCAUCCUGUUACGUUGGUCCUGCAGACAGAAAUUAAAGGCGUUUGAAAAU